CCGCCCGCAGCGCGGCCCCGCGGCGCCGCUCCCCCGGCCCCCGCUCCCGCAGCUGUCCAUGUGGUACCCAUGAAGAUGAGGCUGAGGACACGGAAAGCCUCCCAGCAGUCCAACCAGCUCCACACGCAGCGGGCGCUGCGGGCCAAGCGGAAACACUCGGAGCUGGAGGAGCCCUUAGCUGGCGGCGGGGGAAAACCACCCAAAAAUGAGACUGGCCUCUUGUCCUCCAUCAAAAAGUUCAUUAAAGGAAGCACACCCAAGGAAGAAAGAGAAAAUCCCACUAAGAGGAGUCGGAUUGAGCGGGAUAUCGAUAACAACUUGAUCACCUCCACACCCCAGACGGGAGAGAAGCCCAACAAACAGCUCUCGAGGGUGCGGCGGAAAAGUCAGAUGAAUGGAGAAGCUGGAAGUUAUGAGAUGACGAACCAGCACGUAAAGCAAAAUGGAAAAUUGGAAGAUAACCCUACCACAGGCAGUCCCCCACGAACAACGUUACUGGGAACCAUAUUUUCCCCUGUUUUCAAUUUUUUUUCACCAGCAAAUAAAAAUGGAACGUCGGGCUCCGACUCUCCGGGCCAGGCUGUGGAAGCCGAGGAGAUCGUGAAGCAGCUGGACAUGGAGCAGGUGGACGAGAUCACCACGAGCACGGCCACCUCCACCAACGGCGCCGCCUUCCCCGGGCAGCCCCUGCAGCUCAGGGCUGUCAACAACGGCCUGGGGGACGGCGAGGAGCCGGGGGACCGCGACCUGCCCCCGCUCACGGCACCAGUGUCUCCAGACAGUGGCUACUCAUCAGCUCAUGCAGAAGCCACCUAUGAAGAGGACUGGGAAGUCUUUGAUCCAUACUAUUUCAUCAAACAUGUCCCCCCACUAACAGAAGAGCAGCUGAACAGGAAGCCAGCUCUCCCACUGAAAACCAGAAGCACACCAGAGUUCUCAUUAGUUCUAGACUUGGAUGAAACAUUAGUGCACUGUAGUCUAAACGAAUUAGAAGAUGCUGCACUCACUUUUCCAGUGCUUUUUCAAGACGUCAUUUACCAGGUGUACGUCCGGCUAAGGCCGUUCUUCCGAGAGUUCCUGGAGAGGAUGUCUCAGAUUUAUGAGAUCAUUCUGUUUACUGCUUCUAAGAAGGUGUAUGCAGACAAGUUACUGAACAUCCUGGACCCCAAAAAGCAGCUGGUCAGGCAUCGACUCUUCCGUGAGCACUGUGUGUGUGUACAAGGGAAUUACAUCAAGGAUUUGAACAUCCUGGGCAGAGACCUCUCCAAAACCAUCAUCAUCGACAAUUCACCGCAAGCCUUUGCUUACCAGCUUUCCAAUGGAAUUCCUAUAGAAAGCUGGUUCAUGGAUAAAAAUGAUAACGAACUCCUGAAGUUGAUUCCAUUUCUGGAGAAACUCGUAGAGCUGAACGAAGACGUCCGACCUCACAUCAGAGACAGAUUUCGCUUGCAUGAUUUGCUACCGCCCGACUAAAGCCUUUGCUCUCGCUGCCGAGGGGAGGAAAUGCAGGACCCUGUUGGACUAAUACAAAAACAUUGCCAUUACUG